UGCGAAAACAAACAUGAUGAUUCGCAUUUUGGUUUUGUUUAUCUUGUAUUUCACUCCAGCAUUGAGCACAGACGCAAAAGUAAGAGCGUGUGUUCCUGCUCCCUCACUGCAAUGCACAAGCCAUGGGUGUCAAAUCUUCAAUUACAUGGGCUUAUGGGAGGACCGUUCCAUUUGCAAGGCGGCGAGUGUGGCAUGGCCUACUUCAGAACCCCAACUCCUCCGUGCUGUUGCCCACUCUGUUCAAAACAAGCAGAAGAUCAGAGUCAUGAGUAGACAUUCUCACAGCAUCUCAAAGCUCGUCUGUGUGGAGAGCAAAGGACUCAUCAUUUCGACCCAAAACUAUAACUCCGUCAUUGGAGUGAAUAGAAGGGCCAUGACAAUCACUGUCCAAGCCGGAACGCUCAUGAGAGACGUGAUGGAAGCAGCUGCAAAGCAUGGCCUCGCUCUGCCCGCCAUGACUUACAUAAGUUCAGUUUCUGCAGCCGGCGUUAUUUCCACCGGAGCCCACGGCAGUGGGCUCACCGAGAAAGGCAGCGGAGUUUACGAAUACGUGGUGGGAAUGAGAAUCGUAGUGCCUGCCUCUCCUUCCCAAGGCUACGCAAAGAUCAUAACUUUCACUGAAGCAGACGAAGAUCUCAAGGCCGCCAAGUUGGCUCUGGGAACGCUCGGAGCGAUUUCAGAGAUAACAUUCACUUUGCAGCCCAUGUUCAAACGAUCGGUUUCUGUCUCAGUGACAGAUGAUUACGAUCUGGAAAAUGAAGGUGAACGUUUUCUCAGAGCUCACAGAUUUGGUGAUCUAAGAUGGCUUCCUUCACACCGGAAAGCCGUUUUUGGUGCCAUAGAUCGAGUUUCUGUUGAUGUUGCAGGAGACGGCAGAAGCGCAAUGACUGGUGCUCCCACCACAGUCGCUGACAUCGAAACAAGUGCUUAUCAAGUCGAUUCAAUCCAGGCAGAAGCAGACGUGGAUGCAAUUUGCAACCUGGUUGGAAACCAAACAAUUGAAGCUGCGGUGAAUGGCAGCGGGUAUUUGAAUGAGGGGAAACGCUUCACUGGUUACCCAGUUGUCGGUUUCGAUCAUCGCAUGCAGGCAUCUGGUGAAUGCGAAGAAGCCCCUAAACAAAAGGAUAAAAACUGUAUUCCUACACAAAAUUUAGAUAGAAAUGAGAGCACAUGUAACUGGGACCGUCGCGUUCACACAUCUUUGUAUUUUGACGUGGAACUGAGAGUGCCUUUGUCUAGUUUCGGAGAAGCCAUUGUGGAUGUAAAGAAAAUAAGAGAUUUGAAUCCCCAAAGGAUGUGUGACCAAGAUAAAAUAUACAUUCGGUCUAUUAAGAAGUCCGAGGUAUACCUUGGACCCAGUGAGGAUCAAGUGGCGAUGGAUAUCGUAACUUACCGGCCAAGAGAAGCCGGUACGCCCAAGUGGAAUGAGGAUGUAUAUGAAGAGAUAGAGCAGAUGGUGAUAGAGAAGUAUGGAGGGGGACUGCACUGGGGAAAGUCUGGAGGUUACCUGUUUGGAGGGUUGGCCAAACGGACUGUGAACUUGGAAGGAUUUUUGAAGGUGAAAGAGAGGUAUGAUCCAAAUGGAGUGUUUUCCAAUGACUGGACGGAUGGCUUGUUGGGAAUUGGAGGGAAAGGUGUGGAGGAGUUGAGAGAUGGAUGUGCACUGGAUAAGAUGUGUAAAUGUAGAGAGGAUAGACAUUGCGCUCCAGAUAAAGGGUUUCUCUGCAAGUCAGGGAGGGUAUGGGAUUAUGCUCGUGUUUGUAGGAAUGUCAAUUGAAAAGGUUUUGUUUUAUGUCUGAAUAAGUAGGUACAGUAUCAUACCUAAGAGUUCAUA